AUCUUAUCUGACAGUGCGGUGGCGCUGCUGGCGCGAAGAAGGAGCGUUGUGGAGUUUUUCCAGGUCGCGCGCCGCGUUGUGAAAUUCCAGAAUGGAGCAGAAGUCGGAAAAGCCGGAGAAGCAAAAGAGAACUAGACGGACAGAAGAUGAAGACAAUGGAUUUGCACAAUUUGGCGGUUAUAUGGAUGCUAAAAUUUCCAAACUGGAGCAGCAGUUUCUGGACAAUGCCAAGCAUUCCGGUGUUCAGAAGUCUAGUCUCUUCUCUGGCAUCUCUAUUUAUGUCAAUGGUCACACAAAUCCUUCUGCAGAAGCGCUGAAGAUGAUCAUGAUGGAACAUGGAGGAGUUUAUCACACUUAUGAGAGAUCGCACACGACUUUUAUUGUGGCCAGUAAUCUUCCGGACGUGAAGGUGAGAAAGAUGCAGCCUAGCAAGACCAUCAUCAAGCCUGAAUGGAUUGUGGAUUGCCUCAAAGAGAACAAGAUCCUGGACCAUAAGAAAUAUCUCUAUGAAUUCAAUCAUAAAGUCUCACAGCCAAAGUUGUCCUUCUCCCGGACUGCUGUGAAUCCCAACUUCUUGUCGGAGUUCUACAGCAAUUCUCGCCUCCAUCACAUCUCAACCCUGGGAUUGGCAUUGAAAGACUAUGUGAAUGACUUGAGAGAGAAACACAAGGGAGAUUUUCCCGCGAGGAGUGAAAUUAAUGUGGCCAAAAGAGAGGAGACUGGUAACCACAAGGCUGUAAUGCACAUUGAUAUGGAUUGCUUCUUCGUCUCUGUUGGAUUACGGUCCAGACCAAAUCUCAGAGGUAUUCCGGUGGCUGUGACUCAUUCAAAGGGCGGAAGAAAACCUGAAUCAUCUGAUAAAUCGUGGUCAGAGAUCGCUUCUUGCAGCUAUGAGGCCCGCCAGAAGGGCAUAAAGAAUGGAAUGUUCAUGGGAAAUGCCCUGAAGCUUUGCCCGGAUCUGCAGACCAUCCCGUAUGAUUUUGACCAAUACAAGGAAGUUUCCUACACUCUCUAUGACUCCAUCGCCCGGUAUACUCUGGAUAUUGAAGCUGUGAGUUGCGAUGAGAUGUUUGUAGAUCUAACAGAUCUGCUGGCCAGCACAGGAAUUUCAUGUGAAGGCUUUGUCACACACAUCCGGCAUGAGAUUAGGCAAAAGACAAACUGUCCUUGCUCAGUGGGAAUAGGAGAGAAUCGCCUCUUGGCCAGAUUGGCGACCAGGAAGGCCAAACCAGAUGGACAGUAUUUCUUCCCUUCAGACAACAUCCUUGAGAAUAUGCAGGAAGUCUCCUUAAGAGAUUUACCAGGCGUUGGAUGGUCCACUUGUGAGAAGUUGAGUGAGAAUGGAUGGAAGAUCUGCGGAGAUCUCCAAAAUGUCCCACUAAAUCGUCUUCAAAAAGAUUUUGGUAGCAAAGCAGGAGAGAACCUCUAUAAUCUCUGUCGUGGUCAGGACAAUAGGCCACUAAACUUCUCCCGACAGAGGAAAUCUGUCUCCACGGAGGUCAAUUAUGGUAUCAGAUUCACAAAAAAAUCCGAAUUGGAAAUAUUCCUACGGCAAUUGAGUGAAGAGACCAGCAAAAGGCUGCACGAAGUUGGUCUCAAGGGUAAAAGUGUCACUUUGAAGCUCAUGAUCCGUGCACAGGACGCUCCUGUGGAGACUGCCAAAUUCAUGGGACACGGAAUGUGUGAUCAUAUGACGAAAUCCUCAGCUUUUCCAACUUUAACUGAUGAUCCGGAAACAAUUUUCCGCGCCGUUUGGCGAAUUUCUGAAGAUCUACAAAUUCCUCCUGAGGAACUGCGUGGGAUUGGGGUUCAAGUGACUAAAUUAUGCAAAGCAGAUGCUCAGUCUUCAUCCCUGGUUAAUCUGUUCAAGCAAAUGAAGUCGAAAGCAAAAACUGCGCCUCUUCCUCAAACUAAGACAGAGGAACCACAAUCCGAAGCGCCCGAUCUCGAUUUGGAUGUGUUGCAGGCUCUUCCGGAAGAGAUGCGAGAGGAAAUUUUACAGGAUUACUCUGAAUGGAAAAAGACCCAAAUUACGCAAAUUGAUAAACCGUCGCCAGUAAUUUGCAUGAAGUUGAAGAAUGUGAUAAGUAGCAGCAAUAUUUUGGCCAAGAGCAAUUGGAUGACAAUCUUGAGCCAGUGGAUCAACUCCAGUGACGCCCCAAAACUUUGUGAUGUUGAGCAUUUUGCAAAGAACGCCUGCGAAUUCAUAAAGAACAAGAAUAUCUGCGAUUUGUACUCGCAAUUGGAGUAUUUGCUUAUGUUGAUCAACCAGACAGAGUCUUGUUCCUGGCACAAGAGUUACAGAUUUCUCGCUGAAGAGAUCCAGAAGGAAAUGGUGCUUACUUAUGGGACGAAGUUAAAGAUCAAUGGCCAUCCGGACUGCUUCAGGUGCAAAUAA